GAAGAGUUGGGGCAGGCCAUACAUAAUUUGUCAAACCAACGUCCGCUUCAGACUCCUAAGAUCCACACUUUCAUGGCACCCUGCGAGAUUUUAUAGUGAUGCGAAGCGUUUUCUCAACUCCAUAGUCCCCACACAUCGAGUGUCAUAUCACCAUCAAUAUAAUUUAAUGGUUGAUGAUUCCUAGGAAAGACAUUACAUGUAUUAGGAUCAAGAACCUCGGAGCUAGCUAACUAAUAAUACUUGAGUGGACGGCGUUUUCUUGAUUAGUUAUGGAGGUGAUGUCGGAGAAACCGAGGUGCGAUGGGGGAGACAAGAAGGGGAAGAAGAAGACGACGAAGGUGGAGUUAAGCCUAGGCAAAAAUGGUGGGAUUUUCAUUUUGUUGGGUGGCGCGUUGGUCACGGCUCUUAUUUCGUCGGCUUUCAGAAAGCCGCGGAAGCCCCGCGGUGGGAGCCCGUUAAAAUCAACGGCGGCGGAGGAGGAGAACCGGGAGGCCGCAGGGGAUGAGCGGAAGAAAAAUAUUAUCGACGAUGAAGAUCCGGUGAGAAAAGGGCUUCAGUUCAUUCUCUCUGAUCCUUCUUCGCUCAUGCCCGGGCAUCUGAGAAUCAAAGACGACGGAGAAGGUGAUUGUAAUGCCACGAAGGAGAUCUAUGAGACAACGGAGAAAGAAGAAAGAUCACUGAAAAUCCAGGCAAUUGAAGAACAGGAUAGCCCUGGAAAUGGCUGUCAUCAAGAAAUCAUCAGCAACCGCAGUUCAAUUCCAGGCAGUGCAACAUCCAUUCAAUUUGAUCAAAUUUUCUCCGUCCAAAGAAUCAAAGACGACGGAGAAGGCGAUUAUAAUGUGAGGAAGGAGAUCUACGAGACAACGGAGAAACAAGAAAGAUCACUGAAAAUCCAGGCAAUUGAAGAACAGGAUAGCCCUGGAAAUGGCUGUCAUCAAGAAAUCAUCAGCAAUGGCAGUUCAAUUCCAGGCAGCGCAACAUCCAGCGAACAAGAAUAUUCAUCUCAUCCAUUUUACACCGGUCCCCUUUUCGAGCAAGCAAAUUCUGAGGAUUUGCCCCUCACGAAGAUGAAUGAAACAAUGAAGACAGCAGUUGAAGAAGAAGAAGAGGAAGAGGUGAAAGAGGCUCUGGGAGAAGAAAUGGAGUGUAGUGAAAAGAAUUGCAGCCCGGAAAUCGAAUGGGAUUUGUGUGAUGGGCAAGAUGGUAUGUACAGCAGCCCUGAGAUGCAGGGAAAUGAUGAUCAGAAGAACUCUAAUUCUGAACAGGUAACAUCAGAAAUCAAUCAAAUCACUCCCCCUGAAGAUUGUGAAACCAAUGUGCAAAACCUGGAUUUAGCUGCUUUUCAUGUUCCUUUGCACAUUGAGAACUCUAAUGAAGAAAAUGGCACUACUAAUGAGCCAGAAGAAGAAGAGGAAGAAGAAGAAGAAGACAAUCCAAUCCCAAUUCUCCAAUUUGUUGCCAAACAACAUUGUAAUGAUUAUUGCAAAGGUGGUGUUUCCAUGGCAGAUGAGAAAGAAUUAGGCCAGUACUCAUCCAUGGAUAACGAGGGCGAAGAGGUUGCUGGCAAUGAUGAGGAAGAAACCAACCAAAAUAUCGAGAAAACCCUUCGAGAAGAUAUUGUCACAGAUGACACUGCCACAGCCAAACAGCAUCCCAUUCUCCCAUCAAACGACACCGAAGGAGUUCAAGAAACUACUGAGGAUGGCAAUAAUAAUGAAUGUGAUUAUGAUGAGGAAUACGGUUAUGGUGACGGGGAUAGGGAUGAUAAUAUUUCUGAGGAAAUGGAGGAAAGCUCAGAAGGAGUGAUGAUAUCCUCUGAUGAAUCUGAUGAUGAUGUGGUAAUCUGGCCAGCAGAGCCAGCACUACAGACCCCUUUAAUGGGACUGAAAGGGCCUAAAGAAGAGACAGAAGAUGACAGAACCCUAAAAACAGAAGCCCACAUAAACCUUAAAACCAUCAACAACACCAAGCUGCAGACAGGUGAUUGCAGAGGUGAUUUAAGGAUGAACAACAUUCAAACCAGUCCCAGGAAACUUACUAUUCUGGAUAAUCUUGUCGCGUGCUCGCUACAAUCGAAGCGAAUAAUCCUUGCAGGAACUGUUACAUUGCUUAUUGCAUACUCAUGCUUCUGCUACUUUGAGCUACCCUACUUGAAACCUUCUCUUGUUGUCAUUGCAGCCAUGUUUUUAUCUAAGGUAGUCCUAGCUGGUUGAAGAACAGCCAUUUCUUGAAUAAUAAAUUCACUGUUUAGUUCAUUAAUGCAACUGAGAGAUUUGCAGUUGCUUGAAUAAAAACGAAAAAGUUGCUGUU